AAGAAAAAUAACUUGGCUGCCUUGGAAGCCUCGAAUCGCGAGAUCAGAUCGCGAAACGUUUGGUCCAUAAAAAUGCAGAGAGAAACAUGGGAACAGAUGCCUCGUCUCGCUAAAAAAAGAAGAAAUAAUUUCACGGAAAUGAUGAAUUUUUAAUAUCGAUACGAAGAAACUGGCUGACUUUUGGGCGGCGCUCAAUCGUUUGAUCUCUCGUUAAAAUUGAAUCGAUUCAAGAUGAAAAAACACGGUUAACGUCAAAUCAACCGUAAUCGACCAUCGACAGAAGAGAAAGGAGCUACUGUUCGAUCGAAACAGUAGAGGGAAUUGCGCGUUUAAAAAAAACGAAGGAAACGUGGAAUUUGCAGAGAAAUUGUAGGUGGAGUUGUAAUACGUACACGCUGUAUAUACGGAUGAUAUAUUUAUCGAAUGGUAUCUGAGCAACGGUGACCGUUUCAGUUUGUUCCGUUGGCUGCACAUCGAGACGCGAUCCCUCGUUCAGUAAGCAUCCAGCAUCUCUCUGCGUACCAUGUGCUGCUUCCUCUUGCUCGUUUAUCUCUUCUUAUCGGUCACCGCUCGAGACGUGAGCGCGGAGGAAGCGGACUGCCAAGUUUAUAAUCAUCUUUACGUUUGCCUGGGCAACAGCGUGCUGCACAGCGUCGCGUUCGAGGAUGUGAACGCGGUGCAAACGAUCGAGGAUAUAGAGCUUCAUCUCGAGGGCCUCGGGAUCCAGGAUAUCGCCAAGGACGCUUUCCUCGAGGUGGCCAACUCGUCCGCCCUCUACAUUCGCGACAAUCAAUUGUCCAAGAUUUUUAAACACUACUUCGCCGAUUUGGACCAAUUGACGUAUCUCGAUUUGAAGAACAACAGCAUAAGGGACAUAGAGGAUGGCUCGUUCGCCAAUUUGGACAGUUUGGAGACGCUGAUAUUGGAUUACAAUGACAUGAUCGCUUUCCGCCCCGGUAUGUGGAAAGGCCUGGUGGAUCUCCACGAAUUGUACGCAACGAAUAAUAAAAUCGCGUUGAGGAGGAACAUGUUCAAAGGUCUGAGACACUUGGAGACUUUGGCGUUGGAUUGUAACGAGAUCAACGAGAUACCGAUCGGCGCGUUCAACGGGCUGCCCCAUAUCGAUCUUCUUUAUCUGUCGAGAAAUAAAAUCUCGUCCCUGCAAUUGGAGGUGUUUCGCGGAUUAAGCGAGAUCAACGAAUUGGAUCUGGGGCGAAAUUCGUUGAGAAGCGUGUCCGGUGGAAUAUUUCGUUAUCUCAGGAAUCUAAAUUCAUUGUGGCUGAACGGGAAUCAGAUCGUCAUGAUUAAGGCGGACACUUUCGAGGGGCUGGACAAUCUGUUGCUCCUGUUCUUGAACAGCAACAACCUCCGUUUCGUGGACAUGUCCGCUUUCGCCAGGAUGAAGAAUGUUACCGUCGAUCCCGGCUUCAAGAUAGCCGGGAGGACGAUGGACAAUGUUUCAAACGUGCAAGGACGAUUCCGUUGUAACAACGUCGCGUAUCAGUUGCCGUACGAGUGCACGGAGAUUGGACCUCAGGUUCAUUGAUGCAUAAAUUACCUGGAGUAUAACCAGUGCCGGUUUGAUAUAGAAAACGCCUUGUCCAUUCUUCGUAUAAUGUUUGUUUGAGAAUUCCAAAUCAGUGACCAUCUUUUUUUUCUCUAGGUUUUUCUUUUCUUUUUUUUCA